UGCGCCGCAGCCAUGGUGAUGUCCCAGGGCACCUACACGUUCCUCACGUGCUUCGCCGGCUUCUGGCUCAUCUGGGGUCUCAUCGUCCUGCUCUGCUGCUUCUGCAGCUUCCUGCGCCGCCGCCUCAAACGGCGCCAGGAGGAGCGACUGAGGGAGCAGAACCUGCGUGCUCUGGAGCUGGAGCCCCUCGAGCUUGAGGGCAGCCUGGCUGGAAGUCCUCCGGGCCUGGCGCCGCCGCCACCACCGCACCGCAGCCGUCUGGAGGCGCCUGUGCACGCGCACUCGCACGUGCACGUGCACCCGCUGCUGCACCACGGGCCCGCGCAGCCGCACGCUCAUCCGCACCCACACCAUCACGCACUGCCGCACCCACCGCCACCGCACCUCUCCGUGCCGCCUCGGCCCUGGAGCUACCCGCGCCAAGCGGAAUCGGACAUGUCUAAGCCGCCGUGCUACGAGGAGGCGGUGCUGAUGGCCGAGCCGCCGCCGCCCUACAGCGAGGUGCUCACGGACACUCGCGGGCUCUACCGCAAGAUCGUCACGCCCUUUCUGAGCCGCCGCGACAGCGCGGAGAAGCAGGAGCAGCCGCCUCCGAGUUACAAGCCUCUCUUCCUGGACCGGGGCUAUACUUCGGCGCUACAUCUUCCCAGCGCCCCGCGGCCCGCCGCCCCCUGCCCUGCCCUCUGUCUACAGGCUGACCGCAGCCGCCGGGUCUUCCCCAGCUGGACCGACUCAGAGCUCAGCAGCCGCGAGCCCCUGGAGCACGGAGCUUGGCGUCUGCCGGUCUCCAUCCCCUUGUUCGGGAGGACUACAGCCGUAUAGAGGGGCGCCCGGCGUCCCGAGCCCCACAGGCGAACUCCUAGCCUGACUGCGGGGCUUUUUAAAUGCUUCCCUUGGACUGCAGGGAGGGGUGGGGGGAGGGUGGGAUUUCUUACCCUGUUUGUUACAUUUUGAGGAUAAUAAAGGUGUGUGAUCUGCUUUGGUACAAGCGGAGGGGAAGGCCAGCUGCUUUACGCCCAAGGUGCUAAUGACCAGGCAUGUUGGACCUGGUGUGUGUGGGGAGGUGUAUACAGAAAUGUGCAGGCCUUUGGGAACCGACGGUUACUUUUCAGGGGCAGGAUGUUCAUUCUCCAUUUAGCCUGCUUUUGAUACCACAGGGUAACAGAGAGGUGCGCCCCCUGUAGCCUCGGAGGUGACAGCAGUUGGGAAG